AUGUCCACUUCACAAUUCACCAGCCUCGUCGGCACCGCCCUCGACAACGGCAGCCUUCUCUUCGUCGACAUCCUCGGUUCUGGUCACUCCGGAGUCGUCUACCGCGCCGUCGACCUCUCCACACCCAAACCUCACGCCGAAUACGCCGUCAAAUGUCUUUCAAACGUCCAGCACUCAGCACAGCGCGACAACGAGAUCAACCUGCACUGCGCCGUCGCCGCCCACCCGAACGUUCUCAGCAUUUACCGUGUCAUCGAGACGGAGGACUUCGUGUUCUUGGUCAUGGAGUUGUGCACGGGAGGGGAUCUGUGGACUGCUGUCACGGAGAGACACGUUUUCUGGCAGAACGACGAGUUGGUGAGGCGCGCGUUCAUCCAGCUCGUCGACGCGAUUGAGUAUUGCCACAACCUCGGUGUAUAUCACAGGGAUAUCAAGUUGGAGAACGUCUUGUGCUCGAAAGACGGCUCGAAAGUGUUGUUGGCCGACUUUGGUCUGGCUACCACGGAUCCCGUCAGCUUCCAGUUCGGAGUUGGAACGCAAUACUACAUCAGUCCAGAAUCAAUCGCAGGUCAAGAACACGCUGCAGGCCCCUACUCCCCCGCCCACAACGACGUCUGGUCUCUCGGCGUCGUCAUGCUCAACAUGCUCACCGGACUCUGCGCCUGGAGCACCGCCUCCAUGAAAGACGACCACUUCCGCCGCUACCUCGACCCUAACUCAAACCACCUCCGCUCCAUGCUCCCCAUCUCCCGCGAAGCCGACGUCCUCCUCCGUCGCGCCCUUUGCGUUAACCCCUGGAGCCGCAUCAGCCUCGCGCAGUUGAAGAAAGACAUUAUGGGCGUCAAGACGUUUUUCAUGACGGACGUUGAGAUUGCGCUCGCGCCGCAUAGGGUGGCCCAAUCGGCCGCCGCACAACAGACGCCGUGGGUGCCACAACCUGCCGAACGCGAGGUCGAGGUUCAGCGCGACGAGGUGAAGGAGGACAGCCACAGCUCUGGGUCGUUGUAUUCGCAAUCGUCUCGCGGAACAGGUAGCCAAGUCAUUCCUGGUACACCACUCUUCACGGCCUCCUCCCGCGGCACUACAGUCGACAGUCGGGACGUUCCAGCAACGCCUGUGUUCGCCGAUACUCCACCAGCGUGUGUGGUUGCGGAGCAAUCGUUGGGUGAUGACGUCGAGCAGAGGAAUGCGAGGCCGGCGCUUGGGGUGAGGCGGAGUACGAAGAGCAUCAAGCAGGGCGCGUCGAAGAGAUUUCAGGCGGUCAUGACUAAGUUGAGGGCUUUCUGA